CUGUCAAACUUCCAGAAAAACGUGUUUUUGUUGACUUGUUCUGCCUGUGGCCUGUUCAGUUCGUUAUUCCGGAUCGUGGUUCUCGUGUUUCGCACCUUCGGCACCGCGUGCCUCACAAAACAACAGUUGGACAAAAUGAUCCAAACGAAGAAGCGCGCCGUCGGCGACGCGGACAAGGCCCCAGCCAAGAAAGAGUUCGCCAAAAAACCCAAAUCCGACGCCGGAACAACCGAUAAAGCGGUGAAGAAGUUCACCCCAAAGUUCGACAGAAAAGCGGUCGGCGAGAAGGGCAAGUUCCAGAAAAAGUUUACCCCCGGGGGUAAGGGAGGCAAGGAUUUCCGCGAAAAGGGCGCGGAAAAGAAGCCGUUUGUGGCCAACACGCCGGAGUCGAAGCGCGAGUACUGGACCGGGCUGAAGAAGAAGCAGAAGGAGCUGCGCGAGCAGCGCCGCAAGGCCAAGACCAAGGAUCUGUACGAGCUGAGCGUGGGGGCGAAGAAGAUUUAUGAGACGCUGAAGAGGAAAUCCACCGAAAACAAGGAACAACUGGUCGUCGACCUGCAUGCCAAGCUCAACAAAGACAACACGUACAGCCGCAUUGCCACCAGCCACGACACGGCCCGCGUCGUCCAGUGCAUGAUCAAGAACGCCUCCGAGGAGCUGCGCGAUCAAAUCGCCGACAAGCUGGUCGCGGACAUUUACGAGCUUUCGACGUCCAAGUAUGGCCACCACUGUGUCACUUGCCUGCUGAAGAACGGCUCGAAGGCGCUGUGGGCGAAGGUCACCGACGGGAUCAUCAAGAACGUGGUCAAGAUGUGCAGCCACGUGUUUGCGGGGUCGAUCGUGGACUCGGUUUACAAUGAGUACGCGACGAAUGAGCAGAAGGCGUUUCUGCGGCAGGCGUUUUACUCGGAGAUCUUCCAGACGAGCAAGGACAAGUCGGUGACGUGUAUGAAGGACACCUGGAAGACGGAUGGGUUCAUGAAGAAGACGGUGCUGAGCACGGUGAAGGGCCAUUUGGUGCAGGCGGCGAACAAGCAGCUGACGGACAAUGGGCUGUUGCACGCGUUGCUGCUGGAUUAUCUGCAGGAAGCGGUUGAGGUCGAUCGGAAUGAGGUGAUUGAGCUGUAUUUGCCGCACUUGGCGGCGAUUUCCAGCACAAAGGACGGAACUAGUGCGGCCAUCUUUUGCUUCGUGAACUCCGUGGUUAAGGAUCGUCGUGCGGCGUUGAAGACGCUGAAGCAGUACGUGGAGAAGCUGAGCGUCCACGAACAUGGGCAUCGGUUGAUUCUGUGCAUUUUGAACUGCUACGACGACACGGUCAUUUUGGGGAAGCAGGUCGUCUCGGUGAUUCUGGAGCACGCGGAAGCGAUCGUCGCGAGUGGAGAGUGGGGUCGCAAGGUGUUUGGAUGGGUGUUUUCCCCCGCGGACAAGGAUUUGCUGCAUCCGACGCAGAUUGAAAUUCUGGACGGUUAUCUGCAGUACAGUAAGAAGGACAAGGACAUUCGCAGGAGGGAGAUUUUGGGGGCUGCGGUGGAACCGUUCUGUAAGGCGGUUGAGGCGAACGCGGAGUUUUGGCUGCGCGGAGGUCACACGGCACUGCUGACGGCGGCGAUCGUGAAGGGGUUGAAGGGGGAGCAGCUGCGCCGGGUGCACCAGGCGUUGGCCGCGGUCGUGGCGAAUCCAGAGUGGAAGAUCCAGGAGACAGAGGUAAACUUGGAGGGGGUGCCGAUGGUGGAGGAGAAGAAAAAGACGCCGGCAGCGGCGGAGAACGCCCGGAAGGGCAACCGGGUGAAGAAGGUCAAGAAGAGUCCGUUUGCGGAGGAGAAGGAGAAGGCACAGGAGAAGCGACUGCUGUUGAACCCGUUGGUUCCGGGGGUCGAGCAGGCGGGGAUGCACAUCGCUCUGAAGAAGAUCAUCAAGCUGGACCAGGAGAAGCGACAGGAAGAGGGCGAGGAAUGUUCCCAGUUUGGAAGCGCAGUUGUGGAGCAGCUGUCCGAUGAAGUGAUCAAAUCAUGGACGGCGCAGAACCGACCCAGCUUCCUGCUGCUGCUGAUGUUUGAAAACUCGACGGAACCCGUCCAGAAGCAGCUCAAACAGAAGCUGAAGUCGCUGAAGGGGGAGCUGAAGAAGGCCGGCCACGCCGGUGCCAAGCUGCUGCUGGAGAAGCUCAAGCUGUAGAAAUAAGACGACCGUCUUGGUUUCCCGUUUAGUUUCGUAACUUUCUUUAUUCACACAUACACCAAGAUAGAGUUUACUAAAAGCGUUGAAGCUGAACCUGCCUAAA